CCGCCGCCCCCGGACGCUCGCUCCGCCGCUCGCGGCCCGCCUGGGAGGGCUCAUUGUUCGCUGCCCGUGAGCUUGGGGCAGGCGAAUCGUCCCGAGCCCUUCCGGGGAAGCGUGCCCGCGCGGCCCUCGGCUCACGGCGGCGGCGGGGGCCUCGAGGGCGGCCCCGGAGCGAAAUGUCUCAGGCUGUGCAGACAAAUGGAACUCAACCAUUAAGCAAAACAUGGGAACUCAGUUUGUACGAGUUACAACGAACACCUCAGGAGGCAAUAACAGAUGGCUUGGAAAUUGUGGUUUCACCCAGAAGUCUACACAGUGAAUUAAUGUGCCCAAUUUGUUUGGAUAUGUUGAAGAACACCAUGACUACAAAGGAGUGUUUACAUCGGUUUUGUGCAGAUUGUAUUAUCACAGCCCUUAGAAGUGGCAACAAAGAAUGUCCUACCUGUCGGAAAAAGCUGGUUUCUAAAAGAUCACUAAGGCCAGACCCAAACUUUGAUGCACUCAUCAGCAAGAUUUACCCAAGUCGUGAUGAGUAUGAAGCUCAUCAAGAGAGGGUAUUAGCAAGGAUCAACAAGCACAACAAUCAGCAGGCUCUCAGCCACAGCAUUGAGGAGGGGCUGAAGAUACAGGCCAUGAACAGAUUACAGCGAGGCAAAAAGCAGCAGAUUGAAAAUGGCAGUGGAGCAGAAGACAAUGGUGACAGUUCCCAUUGUAGCAAUGCAUCCACACACAGCAAUCAGGAAGCUGGCCCUAGUAACAAACGGACCAAAACUUCUGAUGACUCUGGGCUUGAACUUGAUAACAACAAUGCAGCAGUGGCAAUAGAUCCAGUGAUGGAUGGUGCUAGUGAGAUUGAGUUAGUGUUCAGGCCCCAUCCAACUCUAAUGGAAAAGGAUGACAGUGCACAGACAAGAUACAUAAAGACUUCAGGCAAUGCCACUGUUGAUCACUUAUCCAAGUAUCUGGCUGUGAGGUUAGCUUUAGAAGAGCUUCGAAGCAAAGGAGAAUCAAACCAGAUGAACCUGGAUACAGCCAGUGAGAAACAGUACACCAUCUACAUAGCCACAGCCAGUGGCCAGUUCACUGUUUUAAAUGGCUCAUUCUCUUUGGAAUUGGUCAGUGAGAAAUACUGGAAAGUGAACAAACCCAUG